AUGUCUUCAUCCAGAGCCUUCAUCAAAAGUGCCUUUUCCCCGCUUCGCAACGUAGCCAUGCUACAGCUUUCCGGCCCCGCGACACCCAUUUCAGGCCAAAAGAAGGAGCGGGUGGGUUACCUAGAUAUGUCUCACCAGCGACCUCGGGUUUGCCACAAUCCUGACAUGCGUCGGGAACGGGAACGCCUUGACACCUUUCAGAAUUGGACUCCUGCACCAGUAAGUCCAGCCGAGCUUGCCAAAAGUGGUUUCUACUACCUUGGUCAGGGCGACAGAGUGGCUUGCUUCAGUUGUGGAGGCCAGCUUAGCAACUGGGAAACGGGAGAUCGUGCAGUAUCAGAGCACCAGAGGCAUUACCCCAACUGCCGCUUUGUUAGAGGUGACCGAGCAGAUAAUGUACCUUUAUCUAGCCUUUUCAAUAUAUCGGCAAUGCAACAGUGUGAAGAAAGGUUGCUCACAUUUGUCUACUGGCCCUCAAGAAUAACUGUUCGACCAGACCAAUUGGCUAAGGCUGGUUUUUACUAUGUUGGUUGUAAUGAUGACGUGAAGUGCUUUUCUUGCGAUGGUGGACUCAGAUGUUGGGAGUCUGGUGAUGAUCCAUGGGUAGAACAUGCCAAGUGGUUUCCAAGAUGUGAAUACCUGUUGCAAGAAAAGGGCCUAGAGUUUGUUCAUCAGAUUCAAGCAAGAUUUCCAAGACUAUUUGAACAGCUAUUGACUAAUGGAGACAGCGACUCAAAAGAAUUUGUUAAUCCGCCUGUGGGUCCUGGAGAAGACCGUUCAGAAGAUGCGGUGGUGAAGUCUGCUUUAGAGAUGGGAUUUGAUUUUGGCCUGGUGAAGCAAACCGUUCAGAGCAAAAUUCUCGCAAGUGGAGAAAAUUACAAAACCGUUCAAGCGUUGGUAUCUGAUUUACUAAGUGCAGAAGAAAUGGCAUUAGAUGGUUUUACUUUUCUUAAGAAACAUCAUCUUGCCGUGUCACAGCGCCUAAAAAGUGUGCAGAGCUUAAUGGACCAUCUUCUAGAGGAGAGCGUCAUCUCACAGAAAGAGUAUGACAUUAUUCGUAACUGCGCUACAGUCAUGCAGCAGACAGGGGAGCUCAUUGAGUUAGUCCUGUCGAAAGGAAAUGCAGCAGCAGAGGUCUUCCUCAACUGGAUCAAGAAGAAUGAUGUCUGCCUGCUGAGAGAACUGAUGGCCCAGACAAAUGAAGCUGCAUCCCCAAGUCAAGAUCUUUCAGACUUGUCUAUGGAGGAACAGUUAAGAAGACUUCAAGAGGAGCGCACAUGCAAAGUUUGCAUGGAUAAAGAAGUGAACAUUGUCUUCAUCCCCUGUGGUCACCUAGUUGUGUGCAAAGAAUGUGCACCUUCUCUGAGCAAGUGCCCCAUAUGUAGAGGCUUGGUCAAAGGAGCUGUCCGUACUUUCCUAUCAUAA